AUGAGAGGUUCAAAUAUCGAAUUAAUUUUAUUACAUGAACUUCAUGAAAUUCGUCGUUUAAUGGAAGAAUAUGUUCGUACUAAAAAAAAUUCAAUAAAUGAUAAUCAAAGAUUAAGACCAAUAGGAGAUCUACCUUGGUCAAUCAGUCAAGAUCAAUUUAAUCGAAGAAUUGCUCUUCAUUAUCCAACAGUUCCACCUGUCACGGAUUAUAAACUAUCAUUAGUUCCACGUGAAGGAUCACCACCUCCACAACAACCAAAUCGAUCUAUUUAUGAAAAUGUUGUUAAUGCUGUACGAGAAGUUCUUGAUAGACGUUCUCCAUCUCAACGUGACCAACCAUUAAAACCGAGUGAAAUUGAUCCAAAAUUAAAACAUGUUUAUAGAAGAAGAACUCAAAUUCCAUCAGGAUCAAUGCAACGAAUACCAUAUCCUGCACCACGACAACAAGGACAAUCAAUAUCAUCUCAAUUAAUAAAACCAACAUUUAAUCAAUUUCAAAAUCUAUCAAUCGAAUCAUCAUCAUCAUCACCAUCAACUCGUAUAUCUUCUAAUCAUCCAUGUCAACCUUUAACUAAUUUUUCUUCAUUUCGAUCAACAACAAAUAAACAUCGUCAUUUAUCUUAUGGAAAUCGUCAAAGACAAUCAAAUAUAUAUGAUACACUUCUACCAGGACAUUAUUUAUGA